AUGCCCAUCAACCCUCACGCAGUUGUACAGGAAGAAUUGAGUUAUAUGAUGGAAACUGAAAUCGACAACUAUUCCUUCAUCCUCACAGAAGUCAACUCAUCAGGAAACCCGCACCCAACCUUAGUUGUGGAAAUUGGCAAUACAGAAAGUGUAAACAGUUUGCGUGAUAAUAAUCUGGUAGCAGGAUAUUUUUUUCCACGUACUAUUAUUCAAAUUUAUUUGGCCGUCAAGUUAUUUUCUCUUCAUCAGGAUGUCUUUGAAACAGCACCUCAUCUGAAACUAUCUUCAAAAAUACUAUACAUGUAUGUUCCAGCUAACACAAUUACUGGCGUCAGAUUUGGGUGUUCUAGCAGCGUUCUUCACGGAAUACCUAAUAACUUUAACAUAGAUUUAUGGAAUUUGCAAGAUGCAAUUUUGAGUGGUUAG